AUGUCAAUGGCACAGCAACCUCAAGGUCCAGCUGGGCCUUAUGCUGUCAAUUCACCCCCGCCUCCACCUCCAUAUUCAACAGUCGGGCCACAACAGCUUCCAACCCCCACACCCCCUCCACAACAACAACAGAAUGCCUUUGCACCUCAGAAUCAAUUGCAACAGAGCGCUUUCCCUCCAGCACAAACUCAAAUUCCUCAGACAUAUCAAGGACAGCAAUCCCAAUUUCCCCAGCCGCAGCAGCAGCCUCAAUAUGUCCAGUCACCCCAGUCAAUCCCCUCACAGCCAUCCGUGUCGCCGCUGUCACCUCCUCUGCAACAAAAUACGCAAUAUCCGCCCAACAUGACUCCCCAGCAACAGCAGCAGGUCGAACAGAUGAUACAGAAUCUACCUCCGGAGAAGUUGAAAAUGCUGCAGCAACAGGCGCAGCAGUUGAUGCCUCAACAGCAGCAGUAUCCUCAGCAGCAGCAACAGCAACAACAGCAGCAACCCGGCAUGAUCCAACAGUCUCCGAUGCAGCCCAACGUGCAACAGCCGUUCUCUCCCCAGCAGCAGCAACAACAGCCUCUGUCGUACACCACCACUGCUCCAACAGGUCUCUUCAAACGAAAGGACUCGGCAAGCAGUCAAUCGGGCCCCCAAGACGAGAGAAAAUCAGGGACGGUGCAACGGUUCCUGGGAGAUACAUUGUUCGGACGGGUAGCCCGGGCGUCCGUCCAGACCGCAACAUCCGCCAUGAAGAUGCCAGCCUCGCUAUCCCCAUGGGGAGACAACAACCCCGUCACCCUGCCCAACGUACGCUACAGAGACGCUGUGCUCUUCACCACCUUCGCCUUCGUCGGAACCCCACUGGUGGAGGGCGUCAGCGACGGCGUGACGGGAAUCUUCGGUGCAGAAAGCUUCGUAUCGGAACUGGUAAACUCGACUGCGGGGGCACUCCUCGUCUCGACGGCACUCAAGUACUCCUUCUUCCAGAUCGUCGAGCAGGCCAUCGACAAGGGGGCGAUCGAGCACAUGCUGCCGGAGGAGGAGAAGAUGCUCGAGACCACCAACGUCAAGAGCCUGCAGGUCGGCAUCAAGCACAAGCUCAUGGGCGUGGACGCCGACCUCAGGUUCGCAGGCAUCUACCCGACGAGGGACUCCCAAGGCUGCGAGAAGGGAUGGUUCUGUCCUUAUCUGUUCGCCAGCGCGAGGACGCCUCAGAUUCCCAGGGCCAAUGACUUCGCCAUAUGCCAGUUCUUCGGCCCCUUCUUGGGUGGCGACUACGCCCUCUCCCACCACCUCCUCUCCUCCUCCGCCAACACCCUCUCCCUCUGCGACCCGAACCCCACCACCGACAUCGGCACGAACCGCAUGGUAAUUCUCUUCACGGGCAUCUCCCCCUACCGAGCGAACAUGUGGUCGACGUCUCGCCGGCCCGGGUGCGGCACAAUCGUGUUCCACGUCUUCGACGGGUGUCCCGCGCUCGUGAUCCCCGUGACGGCGCGCGCCCCCAUCUGCGCCUGGUCCCCCUGGACGUACGCCCAGAUGCGCGUCUCGCAGUUCGCGACGGGCCCGCAGCCCGCCGGCAUGGGCAGCUACAGCGCGGAGUGGCAGCACGAGCAGAUUUGUGAGUGGCUUGAUACUAUCAUCAGCGUGCAGCAUGUCAAUCCUGCCGUGAGGGAUAAGUAUGUGGCGGUUUUGGGCAGGUGCGUCAGUCUGAUUAUCAAUGGCGCGUUGGCGUUGGAGAGGUGUCAGCCUUUGCUGGGGAAGAUGGAUCCGGAGAGGGCGGGGAUCGUCAUGUUUAGGUAUUGA